ACACACCUGUAACACACGCGGUUGUGUGUCCGCGUGUAGUUCUGGAAUCUCAGUAGAUCAGAAACAGGGGAGGGAACCGGUACGUUCAAACCAUCACGCUCUUCCGUCACGCUGACCCGCCCCUAGCUAGCUGGGAACUAGCUCUAUCCAGUGGAUAUUGGUUAAACUUAGCCGGGACCUAGCUCUAUCCAGUGGAUAUUGGUUCAACACCCGCUCCAUCCAGUGGAUAUUGAUUCAACAGCCGCUCCAUCCAGUGGAUAUUGGUUCAACAGCCGCUCCAUCCAGUGGAUAUUAAUUCAACACCCGCACAUUAGUCCUGGAUUACACGACGUGCUCUGUGAUGUGACUCAGUGACCCGUGACGGAGUGCGGGAGUGCAGCAUGCGGUGAUGGAGUGCAGGCAUGGCCGAUAGGGGUGCAGGGCCGAUCAAAUGGAGGGCGCCAUGUUCCCGUUGGUUCUGUUGUUCCUGCUGUUCGCGGGACAAGGGGCGACAAUCGACGAUUACUCUAAUCCAAUCAAUUGUUACAUAUGUAACGGCACAGCCGAGAACAGUACAUGCUCAGAUCCACUAGACGUCAACCACUCAGGUGUGAUGAUCAAAGAGUGUAUCAAAGGCAUCUGUCUCAAAUGGACCAAGUACAAAGGAGGUGUUCUGCAGAUGAUUCGCCAGUGCAGCGCUGACCUCGACUUCCACCUGACGAUGAUUGACGGCGUCUGCCGUACAGAGAGAAACGGCAACGGCUACCUCUGUAUGUGCGGCAAGCAUCGCUGCAACUCUGUAUCGGGACGCUCGGGCGGUAUCGAUUACCGAACCCCUUUCACUAUAAUACUCCUGUUGGCGUCUCUCAUUCUGUUACUCAAAUUGACAACGUAAUACUCAACGAUUCCAUGAUAAAGACGACUUCAUGUUGUUUAAAAAUCGCAAUGAGCCGAUACUCAAAUAAGUGCAAAUUUAAACCGGAAAUUUUAAAAAUUGAAGUUACUGGUGGCGGCUGUGAGUGGUAAAUGUAUAAUUUUUUUUACCGGGACAAUCUACGAUUUCAACCUAACGGCUGUAUAAAGAACUCUAUUCAACCUUACGGCUGUAUAACAGUUCAGGUAUUAACAGCCUCGAACACAACGCUGGAAAAAAAAAAUAUUUUGGAAAUUGUUUUCCAAAAAUGCAAAUUUGCAAAAAUGACAGGAAUUUUUAGUAUUGAAAUGUAAUGUUAAAUUAUAUGGUGUUGAAUUUAUUAAUUAAUGUAAUAUUUUAAUGGAUUUAUUAACUUUUAUAGAAGUUUUAUGUAACAUGUCCUACAUUAGUAAUACAUCUAAGAAGAUGUAACUAACUUUUUUUUAAUGUCACUGUUAGAUUGAUAACUAAUUCACAUUUUUCCGAGUUGACUAAUUCACAUUUUUGCUAAGUUCUGAGUUUCAGUGAAUUUAAAAAAUUAAAAAAAUAGCAACGGCUAAUGUAGCAGUGAUGAGUAGUCCAUGUUGAGUCUUCUUCACUUGAUGAUUCUAUCGACUGGCAUUCAGCUGACCAAUGGCAACACUAACGAUUAACAAAAUGAUCCGACACUGUCUGAAUCGUCAUACUGUGUGUGUCCAGUUGAGGUUGCGAUAUUUUGGACUGACCCCCUCUUC